AUGGCUUUCCUCCUCCUCGUCCUCAUCAUGCAGGUUGUGAGCAGGGCUGAGAUCAGCGCCGCGGAUCCGGAGCUUGGAAGUGUGGUAGUGCAAGUGCCUGUACCAACCAAUAUUAAAAUUGAGGCCUAUAACUUGAAUUCUGACAUACUUUGGGAUUACCCAGAAAUGCUAGAGACACCUGUUUUUACUGUAUAGGUAAAGACAUACGGGAAGGGACUAUGGAUUAAUGCCUGCAAUACCUCUCAUUAUAAUUGUAAUAUAUUUUCCAUGACUGAUGAUCUUUCAAGUGGUCUAUGGUCCAGAGUUAAAGAUAGGCUUGGACAGGAAGAAUAUGCCUAUGUAGAGUCAAAAGAAUUUAUUUUGUGCAGAGAAGGGAAAGUUGGACCACCUAACCUGGAUGUCAGACAGGAGGAAAACCAAAUCAUUAUUGAUAUAUUUCAUCCUUUAGUUGUUGUAGAUGGAAAAGAGCUGGCAGCCAUAUAUGAUGAAGAAAAUACUUGUUAUUCAUUCAUAUACAUGUAUGAGAGAAUAAGUGGAAGUGAGACCACACACACACAUAACACAAAUCAGGAAGAUGAUUGCAACGAGACUCAUUGCCACCUAAGUAUUUCAGUGUCCUCACUGAAUGCUGAGCACUGUAUUACAGCAGACGGGUUCUCAGAGAGAUGGCACGUUACAACUGAAAAAUCCAAAGAAGUCUGUAUUACCACUCGCAGUCAUGAGAGCAUUGCAGAUUCUGUUUGGAUUCCAGCUGGUGCCACUAUCCUAAUCUUUGUAGUAUUUAGCCUGGUAGUUCUAUGUUGUAACAUUAAGAAUAUGAAUUCAUGUAAGAAAGAAAACAUCAUGUUACCCAAGUCAUUGCUGUCUGUUGUAAAAAAUUCCUCUUCAAAGGCAAAAUCGGAAUCAAAAUAUGUAUCACCUGCCACGUAUGAAGCAAUUGUCCCUGAAAAUGAGAAGGUGGUCUGGGAAGAGCUGUUGUCACCAGCAACCAUUUCAAGUACGCAUACUGAGGACAAUCCAGCAAAAGUAGAAGACAGAUCUAGUGAAACAGAAGUGGUGACCAUUGAAGAAAAUACUUCUGACAUGGUCCCUGGCAGCCCCCUGACUCCAGCCAUCAGAGAGGAUUAUGUCCACUCAAGUAGUAACCAGUCUGAACCCGGCAGCGUUGCUCUAAACUCUUAUCACUCCAGAAUUGGUUCUCAUAGUGGCCUUCAAGAAUCGGACAGCUUAUCUGACUCAGAAUUUCCUCCAAAUACUAGCACUGAAAUAAAGACAGGAGGACAGGAAUCUGGCCUGCUGAGAAAUGCUACCACCUCCUUUGGGUAUGAUAAACCACACGUGUUAGUGGAUCUGCUCGUGGACGAAGGUGGUUACAGAGCCACAGCUGAUUCCAAAGAGUUUUCAUAA